AUGAAUCUUUUUACAUCCUCUAAGUGGAAGUCUAGUAAGUUUGCAAGGACACGUAAAGGGAAAAGAGUUGAAGGCGUGGCUUUAGACAAUCGUAACUUCUGGACAAAUGUUACCAAUUGUCUAAGAGCUGCAAUACCUCUUGUUAAAGUACUCCGAUUGGUGGAUUCUGAUGAGAGACCGGCUAUGGGAUUCAUUUAUGGAGCAAUGGAUCGUGCCAAGGAGGAAAUUAAGAAAAACUUCAAUGGCAUCAAAAAGUGGUAUGAACCUAUUUGUACGAUCAUUGAUGCAAGAUGGGCAUCUCAACUUCAUCAACCCUUGCAUGCGGCAGCAUAUUUUCUGAAUCCCCAAUUCCAAUAUAGUCCAAGUUUCCAUUUAGAUGCAGAUGUGAAAAUAGGAGUUUAUAAAUGUCUCCAAAGAAUGGUUCCUGAUUCUAAUGAGAGAGUAAAAAUUGAUUGCCAAAUGGACACAUUCAAAGCUGCAAGAGGGCUCUUUGGCCUAGAUAAUGCAAUAUUGACAAGGAACAAGAAGUCUCCAGCUGAAUGGUGGGAUUCAUAUGGUGAUGAGUGCCCCGAGUUGAAGCGGUUUGUAAUUAGAAUAUUGAGUUUAACAUGUAGCUCUUCGGGAUGUAAAAGGAAUUGGAGUGCCUUUGAGAUGGUGCAUUCAAAAAGGAGAAACCGGUUGCAACAAAAGAAAAUGAAUGAUUUGGUAUUUGUUAUGUAUAACAUAAAAUUGAGGGAGAGGAACUUGAAAAGACAAGCCGUCAUAGAACCAAUUAUUUUUGAAGAUGUCUCUUCCGAUGAUGAAUGGAUUACCGAAAAAGAGGAUCCGGUUCUUCCAACAAAAACUAAAUGGUUGAGGGUUCUUGAUGACAAAGUUCAAGAAGAUGAUUCCGAUGAAGAAGAUGAAGUAGAAAGGAUGACUAGGACACUUAAGGAAAUUUAUGCAAUUGAUGAUAAUGAAGAUUUGCAGCCAUUAAAUCCUAUUGAUGAAGCUAAUGAGGAAGAUGGUGCAGGGUUCAAUGAUGACUUUAUGGAUAUGUAA